UAAUUCCCGCCCCUCACAGCUGAUAAAAACCAAACGCACUCACAACCGAGCGGGAUUAUUUCAUCAGCGAAUACAGCAACAUCGUCUCUGCUCUUCUUUCUGCGCCCUCUGGCCAAACUCAACCUGAAGACAUUAAAGGUAGUAAUCUGCUGCUGCAAAAUACUGUGACCACAGACCUGCCACUUCCUGUUCUCUCCACUCAAGUAAAAGUCAACACACCUACACUAAAGGACCAAUAAUAAACAAGUACUUGGUUUACCUACCCAUCUGCCCAAAGUACUUAAACUCUCAGUCCAGUCACACGUGUUGUGUUUAAGCUGUGUCAAUCACACACACGCCCACACUAAACGGAUUUAAAACACAUAGCCUGGUUCAUCGCCCACACACAGUCACAGCAAAUAUGGCCAGCAAGCUGUCCAACUUUGGACAAACCCUGCUGCGUCGCAGGGCAUUAAACUGCUCUGGCGAAGAGUCCCAAUUCGCCCGCUGCCUGUCUACCCUGGACCUCAUCGCCUUGGGGGUGGGCUCCACACUCGGCGCCGGUGUAUAUGUCCUCGCUGGCGAGGUCGCCCGGGAGAAGGCUGGACCCGCUAUUGUCCUCUGCUUCCUCAUCGCUGCUCUGUCCUCCAUGUUGGCUGGCCUGUGCUAUGCUGAAUUUGGCGCCCGUGUCCCCAAAACAGGCUCUGCUUACCUUUACAGCUAUGUGACAGUUGGAGAAAUCUGGGCCUUCAUCACAGGGUGGAACCUCAUCCUUUCCUAUGUGAUAGGUACGGCCAGCGUGGCCAGGGCGUGGAGCUCCACCUUUGACAACCUGGUUGAGCAAAAGAUCUCUAGCUUCUUUAAAGCGUCUAUGACAAUUAAUGUGCCAGGCGAGGUCCUGGCAAAAUACCCCGACCUGUUCGCCCUUGUCCUCAUCCUGCUGCUCACUGGACUUUUGGCCUUUGGCGCGAGUGAGUCAGCGCUGGUGAACAAGAUCUUCACAGGCAUCAAUCUGGUGGUUCUGGGUUUCGUUAUCAUCUCUGGCUUUGUCAAGGGGGACACACACAACUGGAACCUGGUGGAGGAAGACUACGUCAGCUUCAUAAAUAAAAGCAACAGCAGUGGGACUUUAAAAGUUGAGGAGGAAUUUGGCGAGGGCGGUUUUGCGCCGUUUGGUAUGGCUGGAAUCCUGUCUGGUGCUGCCACCUGCUUCUACGCCUUUGUGGGCUUUGACUGCAUCGCCACAACAAGCGAAGAAGCAAAGAACCCCAUGCGCUCUAUACCUAUCGGCAUCGUGGCUUCGCUGUUGAUCUGUUUUUUCGCCUACUUUGGUGUGUCCGCUGCUCUUACCCUUAUGAUGCCGUACUACCAGUUGAAUACCCAGAGUCCUCUGCCCGAGGCCUUCACUUACGUCGGCUGGGCUCCUGCCAAAUACAUUGUGGCUGUGGGCUCUCUCUGCGCUCUGUCCACCAGUCUCCUAGGCUCUAUGUUCCCCAUGCCCCGUGUUAUCUACGCCAUGGCGGAGGAUGGGCUGCUGUUCCGUGCUCUGUCCAGGAUAAACACUCGAACAAAGACUCCCCUCAUGGCUACCAUCGCUUCAGGCAUCGUUGCAGCUCUCAUGGCCUUCCUGUUCGACCUGGCAGCUCUGGUUGACCUCAUGUCCAUUGGAACUCUGUUGGCGUAUUCUCUGGUGGCCAUCUGUGUCCUUAUCCUCAGAUACCAGCCAGGCACCCUGAGUUCGUCCAGCCAGAUGGAGAAGCUGGUAGAGCUGGUGGAAGGAGAGAAGGUGGCCGUAAGUGGAGGUGACAGCGGUGACGAGUAUGGCAUGGAGAUGCCGCUCAAAGAGACCUUCACCUUCAAGCUGCUCUUCUGCCCAAGUGGAAAGACCCCAACACAGCUCUCUGGGGCCAUUGUCUAUGCUACCACUGCUAUUAUUUCUAUUCUUAUCACCGUACUAUGUAUUAUCCUGGCAAACUAUCUCUCAGAGCUGCUGGCAGGGCAUGCAGGAGUUGUGGUGCCCUGUGUCAUUUUGAGUCUGCUGUGUGCCGUCUGUGUCGUCAUCAUCUGCAGGCAGCCUGAGAGCAAAGAGGCUCUCAACUUCAAGGUUCCUCUGCUUCCCUGGUUGCCCCUGUUCAGUGUUUUCGUUAACAUCUACCUCAUGAUGCAGCUGGACCUGGGUACAUGGUGCCGCUUCACUGUCUGGAUGAUUAUCGGUUUCGCCAUUUACUUCUUCUACGGUAUUAAGAAUAGCAGUGAAGCUGCUAACCGGUCAUCCCCGCGCAAAUACGAGCCUACGCUGCAGGCCAAGAGCCCGAUUUACAAAGGCGCUCCUGACGAGAGUGACGUAGAAGCAGGCAGCCCCUGAUACAGACUGACGUAGACCUGGGAAGUGUUGCAGAGCAUCUACACUCAUUUUGGCAGUCUGGUUAAAUUGCCAAAUGCUGCAGUGUAGGAAGCCUGGAACGCAGAUCUGGGUUUUAAAAGAAGAAGAGGCAAGAAAACGCCACACACAUCUUACCUCUGACCUAAUGGCUGAUAAACUUGAUGGCGAGACACUGCAACAGAGCCAUUUUCUGGACCAUGUGUCUGUUUUAAUCUGUCUGUUUUUACUUACCCUUAGUCCUCUGGGGAUCUGCCUAUAACAGAUCCUUUGAAUGGACCUAACUAACAAAGAGUACUGCGGUACUGCUCAUGAUCUGUUUUCUGUAAUUUGAAGCCGUUAUCCAGAAAAAAAAUGUUACACUUUACCAGUUUUUGUCUCUGCUUCCUCUCCGUUAGAGGUGUGUGUGUGUGUGUGUGUGUGUGUGUGUGUGUGUGCGGUCACUUGUUCCACUAGGAGUGAAUAAGAACUACUGUGUACAUCACUAAAAAAUAUGACUUGAGUCAGUGAGUUUACGAUCGUCAAGACACUUGGAUCAGUGAGCUACACUUCAAAACUGUAUAAGAAACACAAAUAGCUUGUGUAGUAUGUCUAGCAUGUGUAGUUUAUUGGUCCUUGUUUAUUACACCAGACUGUGUGUAAACAGGGUAGCCCUGACGCUGUGUGGUUGACAGCAUCAUUCAGGGCCUCAAUGCAGUUAGGUCAGUAGAACAUGGUUGACAUUGAUGUUAUCUACACUCGGUGUCUGAGGCUGAAGGUCAUGUUUUACAGAUUGGGAGAGUUUUGUGGGGGUUUUAUUUGUUUGUUUUUAACCCACGACUGCCUUUGUGCCUCCCUGCCCCCAGAGAACAGCCAUACAGUAUGUGCACACUGCCCCAUUUAAAAUGGUAAGAAAUUCGUUUCCAAGUUGUCCAUAUUGUUUUUGUCUUGCAUAUAGACCUCAUGAAAUUGUAUUUGCUGUCAUUUUGUGGCCCUUGUUUCGACCUAAACCAGAUGACUCAAAUGUUUUGGAAACCGCUAAAAGGGCAUCAAACUACUUUUAUGAGCUAUAAAAGGCAUUGAAAUCCAGGAAUUGGUGAUUUAAUACCUGCUAUGCUUUCUAGUAUUUGCUGUAGGUACUGUACUAUACAAAUACAGAACAUUUACAUUCUGCAGGUAAUGUAAACCUCAUCCAUCUGUUAUUCCAGAACAUACUUCCCUUCACUUAUUUGACCAUAUUUGGUUGGAAGUAAGAGUUCCUUCCAAACCAACAAAAGCAUGUUAUCUAGUUAAUUUCCAGAUUGAAUUUGCAUACUUGCACCUCUCUACUUCAGAUGAUUUUGCACAUCUUUAAACCUCACAGAAUGUGUUGCAGAUCUGAGGAGGUUGAUAGAUUUGCACUUAACAAACUUAUGAAUCACAUUGUGUUCAUCUUUUGGGUGCCAAGGAAUUUAAACAUUUUAAUACACAAUGAAUUGUUUCUAAUUGACAUCUGUCAGAUCCACUCUGGUGUCUGGGAGCUGGGGGUCAGUUUCAGAACAAGGGCCUGUGUUUCAUCACUUCUUCCUUGUGAAAGGUUUUUUUUGUUUGUUUUUUUUCACAGAGGUUCUUUUUUAGUUUCAUUUGAAACUUAUUCUUGGCAGCUUUGUCUGUUGAGCUCCCAUCCUUAUAUAUAUUUUACACUUUUAUUUACUUAUUACUUUAUCUGAUUUAGAACUGUUAAUAUUUAAAUGUGUAUAGUAUUGUUUAUUUUAAAUAGCUUUGUUGUUUUGCCUUUUCAUAUCAAUUUUAAUCUGUUAAUAUUCUUUAUAUUUUAUUUUUAAACUUUACAUGUACAGUUUUUAGUGUGCUGAUCUUUAUACGUCUCCCUCAUGCUUCCACAUUGUUUUUUAUUUUUCCUGCUUUGUUGCAAAUGUCUUGCAUCACCAAAUAAUUUAAUUGAUAUUCCUGACCAAAUGAAGGUGUUUUGGGAAACUUGAGCUUUCCAAAAAAGAAUGACCACUAAAAGUUGGUCUCUAAAUUGUGUAAUUUAAAAAAAGUUUAUCCCAAUUCUAUGGACUCAAAAUAACUUAUUGUUAAUAGUAUUUUCUUGUUUUUUAGUAAAGUGCUAUACUGUAGAAUGUACAGUAUUUGUUUAAAGCUAUAAAUUAUACAAAUGUACUUUCUGUAAAUGUGACAAUUUGGUAAGAGGUGUUUUUUUGUAAAUUACACAUGAAGGCAUGUCAUUUGACAGUUGAUGCUGCAAUGUUGGCAUUCUGCAGAUGCUUAAAAGAUGUCACUAAACAUCUUUACUGUUUUUGCUUAAAAGAAAAUGCACCUCCUUUAGACAUGUCAGAACUUGACAUGUCUUUGUGGAGGGUGGGGGUGGGGGGUACAAUAUGGGUAGAUUUGGAUUCAGCUAGUGUUUCUAGAUGAUGUAAAUCAAUAAAUUGGUGCCUGAAGAACCAUCCUCAUGCCUGAGGAAGGCAACGGGGCUGGGCAGCUGUAUCUUGGCCUAUUGAAAUGCUUCAUGAGCUGUGGACUUUCACUAGAGAUUGGAACUGGUAUGUUUUCUGUGAAUAGUUAAUCUAUCAUUAAAAGGUAAUGUGACGUGUCAUCACACAGCUCUUCAUAGCCAGCCCUCGUGCCUUUUCAAAGAAAAUUAAAAAUCAGUGCUAUUUUCUCCCCUCUCAGUGCUAUUGCAUUAACAGCAAUGAUCUAUUUUUGUCUUUCUGUUUUAUAUCCUGUACAUAUGGCUGUCAUGUAUAAAACAUGCUGUAUUUUCAAUGUUUUUUUUUUUUUAAUAAAAAAAAAAUGAUACAUGCUUAA